CUCAAUUUUGUUGGCUUAAUCAAUGAGAUGAACUGAGAGUUCUAUUUGCACUUGGUCAAAGCCCGGGCUAUAAUCACUGUAAGCCAUGCUACAGCUGCAUAAAGCUUUGUGAUGGACGCGCUGAAUACCAUUUCGCUAGCUGGAAAUGCCGUCCAGUUCGUUGAAUAUGCGAUUAUUGCGGCGACGAAGGCUGCUCAGAUCUACCACAGCCCAAAUGGCAAAUUAAAAGAAGAUGCUGAGCUGGAAUUAAUUGUCAAUGAUGUUGAAUCUUCUCUGCAAAACAUCCAUUCAUCUGAGGAUGCCAGCCAAGCGAUUUCUGUUUCAGAUAAAACUAUGAACGGCCUCAUCGAGCAAUGCGUUUCAAUAGCCAAAGAAAUCAAGGGCAUUAUUAACGGGUGCAGCGCCAAAUCGGCGGGUGUCUUGCAUGCCAUCAGUAAAACUGCCCAAAGACUCUCCAAGCAAUCCGAGUUGAUGGAGCUUCGCAGCAGACUACUCAUUUUACGUAGCGAAGUAUCCAGUCAUCUGAUAAUGCUUAUUAGGCAAGAACAGCUAAAACUUGGAGAGGUUUUACAAACUGUUGUAACAUCAAAUGAAGACAUGCUUCAAAAUAUCAACGACAAAUACACCGAGGUUAUGAAAUACCUUAAAUCGAUCUCACAGCAAAAACAACCAAACAUGGCGUCUACCGCAACCUCCAGCGAUAGAAAAAGCGGCCACAGAUCUUCCGAGAAGGACUUCAAGUCAAUUCAAAAAGAUAGGGAAUCCAGGAUUAAGGAUGUCUUUACAAUGAGUGUUAUGCAGGGGCCAUUUGACGCCAUUUUAGACGAUAUAGAGCGGCGCGGUAUACAGAAGCGAGAGAGCAUCUUACAAACUCUGAACUUUAACCAAUUACACGAGCGAGAACUUGCAGUCGGUGAAGCGCAUGAAGGCACAGCAACGUGGAUUUUUGAUGAGACCAAGCCGACCAACUUCGUGAAUUGGCUUCAGAAGAGCAAUGGCAUAUACUGGAUUACAGGGAAAGCCGGAUCUGGGAAGUCAACUCUCAUGAAGUUCCUUACGGAUCACCCUAAGACGUUACAAUACCUGACGGAGUGGGCAAAUGGCAAUGACCUUAUAGUUGCUAAGCACUAUUUCUGGAGUCCGGGCACGACUAUGCAAAAGUCGCAAGACGGGCUUUUCAGAGCUCUUCUUCACCAGAUUUUGGGGCAGCGCCCGGAAUUGAUUCCUACAGUAUGCACCGAUCGUUGGAAUGCUCCUCAUUAUGAACGUUCUUACCCGUGGACUCUGAAGCAGCUAGCGGAAGCGUUUCAACGAUUAGGUGGCCUAGGCAACGUUCGGUGGAAAAUAUGCCUUUUCAUCGAUGGUCUCGAUGAGUACGAUGGCGAACCUACAGAUGUAAUAGACAUUAUCCACAAAAUUGGCGAGUCAGACAAUAUUAAAAUAUGUAUAUCCAGCCGGCCAUGGAUCGAGUUUUCUGAUGCAUUUGGGGGCAACCAGCCGAAACUAGAACUGCAAGAUUUCACGCGCGAGGAUAUCCAAAAAUUCAUCAAGGGCACGCUGCAAAGUGACGACAAAUUCAACCAGCUUCGCAGACGUGAUAAAACUGCAGCCGAUGGACUUGUGUUGAGCAUAACAGAGAAAGCGGAUGGCGUGUUCCUUUGGGUCUUUCUGGUUGUUCGCUCCCUCCUACGCGGGCUGCGCAACGAAGAUGACAUCUUGGAUCUUGAGCGGCGUUUGGGUCAGCUGCCAGAUGAUCUGUACAAAUUCUUCGAUAACAUGCUCAGUAUAAUCGAGGAUGUGUAUAGAGAAAGGGUGUCUCGACUGUUCCUCACCAUGACUUCUGCCAAAGUGGCGCUGCCAAUCAUUACGUUCUACUUUUUGAACUUUGGUGAUAAGCCUCUCUCUCUCGAGCCGCUGCCAUUCCUGAGAGAAUGGCCAAUCGUUGACAAUGCAGAAGAAAGGGUUUUGGAGGUGAAGAAGCGGCAGCUGAUUGCCCAAUGCAAAGACCUGAUCCAUACCGUCUCUGAUGUCGAAGGUGAAGUGCUUUUUGCCGAGAAAGUUGAGUUUAUACAUAACAUGGUUCUCAAUUUUCUACACUUGCCAGAUAUAAACGAGAGGCUAUCUAGUAUUGCUGGCAGAAGCUUUCAUCCGGUCAAAGUUCUUUUUAAGGCGAAUAUAGGUCAAAUCAGAUCUCUGAUCCACCUCCAUCGGCUGAUGUACAUAAAGCCAUAUCUCCAGCAAUGGAUAUUAGGCAGUCUAUACUAUGCUCAUUCGAUUGAAGUAAGGGAUGAUACCGCAGAGAUAGAGGCUCUGGAUGAGCUUGAAGACAUUAUAACGCAGCAGUUCAAGAUGUGGAGCUUCUCCCAUGCCAUGGAAUAUCUGUUUGGUAUCCCGCAGAUCGAGUCCUUCCUGGAGCUGGCCUGCAGAUGUGAUCUUGCGCUGUAUAUCAGCCAAAAGCACCCAGAUUACAAUUCGAGUAAGCUGGAUGAGAUUGCGCCAAGAUGGAAGAUGUUAUUCAGGGUUCGACAGCAGGGUACUUUUGUGAUUGACGAAAAAGAAACGGAAUAUGGUAUGAAGAGUGACUGGAGAUUGGGUCGGCAUCUUGGCCUCCUCUCGUCACAAGGAAAAGACAGAACGAGAGAGGAAUCGGUGAGUUUUUCAAGACGACCGACGGUUUAUUCAGAGCCUCACAGCAUUGACUACGCCAAGAAGAAGAACCGGAUAUCUGGAAAGUUCAAGAAGCUUUUCCGGCGAGAGUAGAUUGGGUUAAUACGAUAGAUACCUUCGCACUAGCCAGCAUGAUGGGCCACGAAAAUUAUGACACCUUGCAGCGUGCGAUUCAAAUAAAUGAAUCUAGACUCUCGGCUAAACGAAUCAGCCGCGGCCGUUAUCGCGGCCAUUCAUAUUUCCUUUAGCGCGCUACAAAGUAUGUAGCGGAGAAAUACAAGUAGAGCAAUAUGCCCCCUCUUGUAUAUAUCAUGCAUUACAUAUAAC